GGUCGCAUGUUUUGACAAAUUUGAAAGUUUUUUUUUUAAUUGCAGGUCAAUGUCCAGCAUAUACACCCAAAUUUGUUGUACAACAAGGCGUUCGUCUGUACGGACAUGUUAUCAACUGGUUGUAUGCUGAAAAGGAGGUUCUUUGUAGACUUAAAUGCAAUAUGGUCGAGAGGUGCUUGACAUUCAAUUUUGAGGAAUCAACAAAAAUUUGUGAAUUGAACGACGCUGAUCAUUCUUUACACGUAUACGACCUUAAACCCACUCAAGGUUUUGUCUAUGUGGACAUAAAGAGGCCAAAGAAAUCUGAAAUUACAAGUACCAGUAUGAGUCAAACUGCAACCAGUCCAGGAACAACCGCUAGUACCAGUACUACUCCGACCACUAGUACCAGAACUACUCAGAAGACAAGUACCAGUACUACUCCGACAACUAGUACCAAUACUACUCCGACAACUAGUGCCAGUACUACUCCGACAACUAGUGCCAAUACUAUUCAGUCCACAAAUUCAAGUGCUACUCUCCCAACAAUCAGGCCAGCAAGUCCAACUUGUGUACGCCGAAGUGAUCACCAUGUUGCAUGA